AUGCAAGCUAAACUCAUUUGGAUAAUUGCUUCCAUGGGGCUGAUUUGGCUGAUUCAGCUUUCAACAGUCGAAGCCACACGAUGGCAUGCAACCCAGUUGCUACCCUACUUCCGGCGUUUCAAACUGGACCAGACAAAGAACAGUGUCUACAAGCACAAUGUAAAGGAUGCCUUACAGAAGCAUCUGCGUGCUGCACUUGUGCAGAAAGCAUUAUGUUUGCCUACAGGCACAAAGCUUUCGACAGAUUGUUUGAACCGAAUGGUCGAUAAAGCUAGACAGCACGAGAAUAGGUUUUAUGCUAGAUUCACUUACGCUUGCAAGAAACAUGCGGAAUAUUCGGCGGCUUGUUUGGCAUCUGGCCGACAGUUGUAUAAUCGCGCUCUCCAGAACCUUGUCAAGGAAACGGAAAGCUGCUGGAAAGCGUAA